GUGUGGAGUGUUCAGCAGCUGCGCUUGGAAGUGGAUCUUCGCCAGAAAGGAGAGCGCGAUGAUGCCCUCCCACCGGCGCUGGCACUUCAUCUCACAGCCUCCUCUGCCGCUGCCUGCCCUUCCGCUGCUUCUUUCCGGGGCCCGGCCGCUAGGCCGUCCCAGCCAGCUGCAGAGAGCAAACCCCACCAUGGCGAAUCUCCCAGCAGCCCCGAUCACACGGCAAAUCGGUAGCCGCGAUCGCGCGCGGCUCAGCGGCCAGGAGGCGGGGGAGCUGCGAGACGCCGCCCGGCGCCUGGUGGUGGACGGAGACGGGCAGAGGAUCCCCUUCGGGGCCCUGUUCCGGGAUCACAGAGCCAUCGUGGUGUUCGUGCGGCAUUUCUUAUGUUACACCUGCAAAGAAUAUGUAGAAGAUCUGGCAAAAAUUCCCAAGAAUUUGUUACAAGAGGCAAAAGUGAGACUGAUAGUUAUUGGACAGUCAUCUCACCAUCACAUUAAGCCGUUUUGUAGUUUGACGGGGUAUUCCCAUGAAAUCUAUGUCGAUCCAGAGAGGGAGAUUUAUAAAAUACUUGGCAUGAAAAAAGGUGAAGCAGCCACGUCAGUGCAGAGCCCACAUGUGAAAUCAAACUUGCUGUCAGGAAGUAUCAGAAGUAUGUGGAGAGCAAUGACUGGCCCUGCUUUUGAUUUUCAGGGAGAUCCAGCUCAGCAGGGGGGGACUUUGAUUUUAGGCCCAGGUAGCAAAGUCCACUUUGUGCACCUUGAUAAAAAUAGGUUGGAUCAUGCUCCCAUUAGCACAGUUUUGCAGCUUGCAGGAGUUAAAACGGUAAAUUUCACAAACAAACAUCAAAUUAUUGACGUUUGACUUGCCAGAAAAAACAGAUUACAAAUUUAACUUGAUACAAGAAGACAGAAAAUACUCCAGGGAAUUGCCCUGGAUGUCAUGUUUUAUGUUCUUAUAUAACAGCUGAUAAUACAUACUGGAUCUCAGAGCACCAAGUAAAUUGCAUUGUGCUGAAGAUGCAGAUGAAUUCAGACUUGCAACAUAUAGAAGAAAGCAAUAAUUAAGAUAUGACCUGCCUUUCCACAAAAUAAUUCCUGUUUGCUCUUUUCUGUCUCAAAAAAUUCUUGCUAAUGCAAUUUAAAAAUCUUGAUUCAAUAUGAAGCAUUAAGCUACUUGAAAACAAAACUCUAAUAUAUCACUUUGUUCGGAAGGAAAAGCUUGGAGUUUUUGCCAUUCAGUAGGUCAUAUAUUUUCUUCACUGGUGGCUUGAAACUUUCAGCAUUAUGUGAACUUCAUAAAAUAAACUAUCAAAAAAGCAAGUGUGAACAACAGGAAGCUGACACAAGAUUAUUCCUAUUCCUGUGUCUGUCUUUAAAGAGGCACACCAAAACAUGUUUCUAUAGUUCUAAAUAAAUGUUUGAAUUACAAGAUCCAUUGUUUGCAAUUACUUUUUUUUUCUGGUUUGCCACAUCUAAAUGGUAGCUUUCUAAAAACAAGGCAGUGAUGAGUUUUAAAUGUAUUCCUAAUCAGAUUGUCAGUUUUAAAAUAGGUUAAAUUUAGGGUCUAAACUGAGUAAUAGUAUUCCCUUUAACAGGGCAAAAUCUCCAUUAGUACGUGCAGCAGGAGGUCCUUUCAAAAAUAUUGCUGGUUAUUUUAAUCAAAGCAGCAGAGGUAAUAGCAAAAUAGCAUUUAUUAGAUGGCUAUUUAGAAUCUUCCUACAAUGUCUGCUUAUUUUCAGAAUCCAUUACUUUCAUUCAUAUAGAUCGUGUACUUUUUCAUCUAUGAACCACAUUUUACCUAUUUAUUAAUGAAACUGUAAAUUAUUUAUUGAUGAGCAUGUGCUCAUUCUCCCCUGCAAUUUCUGAACCUUGUUCUUUGCUGUAAAUUGCUCCUGUUCGUGCAUAUCUUACUUGUCACAUGCAAAAUCUCUCUGUAGGUUAAAGCCUCCAAAAUAAAAUGCAAUUGUACAAAGCAUGGCCUGCUCCUGCAUCCAUUAAGGUUAUCAGUCCCAGAAUAAACUCUUCAGAGUU